AUGUGGAUGUGGUGGAUGUGGUGGUGGGUGCUUUGGUGCGAGUUCAGCGCGGUGCGAGUGCUAGGAGCGGCAGUGGUUCCAGCAGGCUUAACAGGCUACAGGAUACAGGCUACAGGCCACCCGCCCGGGGAACGGCGCGAGCGGCCGGUGGGCGUGGCGGUCGUUGUGGUGGUCGUUAUAGUGGGGAGGUGGAGGGAGGGGGGAACAAGCAUUGGUCGCUGCACUUUUCACCCGUGGGGGCAGUGGUUGUUGCAGUGGUUGUUGCAGCGCAGCGGUUGUUACAGUGGGAUGGGAUGGACGCCGUCGACGCCUUCAGGGCUAUGUCAGAGCCCGCUAGAGGCUGUACAGAAGCCUACCGGCUGGUGGCGGCGGCACAGAGGAAUAGCGCUGGCCGGUGGAGGCUGACGAUGACGAUGACGAUGAUGGAGAUGGAGAUGGAGAUGAAGCCAAGCCCAUCAUGACCCAAGCAGCCAGCCUUAACGUAAAAUAUACAGACGACGCGCAGGGAAGACGGCUUCUGCAGGGACAGGCUCACAAGGGACCUGUCAAAAGAAUUGAG